AUGUAUGAUCCAGAGAAAGACGAGUGGAAACCGCUAUCACCGAUGCACUUGAAACGAAGUCGAGUGUCGCUUGUUUCCAAUGCUGGAUUCCUUUAUGCUAUUGCUGGUUACGAUGGUACAUCUAAUCUGAGUUCGAUGGAGAUAUAUAACAUCGAAGAGGACAGUUGGAUACUGGCAGCUAGCAUGGUAGCGCACGAAGGCGGCGUCGGCAUUGGCGUGGUACCCCUGCAUCCAAGCAGAUUGUCAUAG